GAUAGCGCGGAGCCUGUUGGGAAGCGUUGCCGGAGCCCGUGGCAAUCUCGUCGUCAACCGGGAAGGAGUCGCCGGCGCAGCUGCAGGCCGACGCCAAGGAACGCGAAUUCGUGCAGUCGACGCCUUUGUAACGGACUGUGCAAAUCUUCGCCUUGAUGCUUUCGUAGCGGUUGACACUUCACGCGUACGCACCGCCACUCGGCACAGCGAGUGCCCGCGGGCGCCCGACGCACUUCCUCCCAAGAUGGGGAGCAGCUCUUCCACUCCAUCUUCAGAAGAUACGACUCCUCCACAGCGUCCCAACGCCGGAGGGCAAAGCGGUAGCGCUGGCUCGCAAACGGCCGAGCGAGUGUCCAUCACCGUGAAUCUCGGGACGUCCCAGCCAUCGUUCUCUCCUGGAGACCUGGUUAAGGUCAUCGACGACCUAACAAAAUUGAAGAUCCUUCAGCGUGGUCACGGUGAAUAUGUCGACGCGAUGGCACGGUGCGUCGGGCAAGUUGGUGCCGUGAUUAAAGUGUUUCCGAGCCGAGACGUGCGGGUGAUAUUCAGUGGCAGUAUCUGGACAUUCAACCCGCUCUGUCUGACGGCAGUGAGACAGAGCACAGGCAGCGAUACCAGUGCAAGGCUGCGCUCACUUGCGAGGGGCAGGGACAUUUCUGACGAGAUCGCCGAACAGCUCAUGCGCGCGUUCACGACCUCGCUGGGAGAUUCGCUUGGACUCAGCACCAGCGGCAGCAAAAAGGCUUCCAAGUUUUCUGUCGGUCAAAAAGUGAAGAUCAGCGGUAACAAAACAAGAGUGAAGAUUUUGCAGAUUGGCCAUGGCGGCUAUACCGCCGGCAUGGACUCUGAACUUGGGCGCAUCGGUACGAUUGCCAGCAUCGACUCCGAUGGCGACCUUACAGUCAAGUUUCGCAACGGACGCAAUUGGUGCUUCAACCCUGACCUUGCGGAGGCAGUGUCAGAUGAUGAAUCGGAAUCCAGCGACUCGGAUAUCGAGGUGCCGGCUACCCUUCGGCGCAUGAUGCGGGAUUUAUUUGGAAUUGCGUCUACAGAGGACAGCGGAGGCCCAAUGGUAAAAUCUGAGCUUACACCUUUACUUGUUGCCUGCCACGAGGGUGACGAGUCGUUGGUCAGGAUGAUGAUGACCACCGGUGCUGAUAUGAAUGAAAAAGACAAGGAUGGAGACUCGGCGCUGCAUUUUGGUGCUUAUGGCAACAAGCCAGACAUACUGGAGUUGCUAGUAAACUUUGGUGCCGAUAUCAAUGCGAAAAACAAGAAAGGGUACACGGCUCUUCAUGUUGCGGUCAACAAGGAGUUUGUAGCCUGCGUGCGCGUCCUGACCAACUACAUUAGUGACUUAGACGUCAACACUCAGGACGAGUACGGAGACACACCUCUGCAUGACGCUAUAAGAACUGGGAACAACGAUAUCGUUGAUCUGCUCGUGAACUUCCAGACCGUCGACUUUGCGGUGAAGAACAAACGCGGCUUCAACGUGUUCCAUCAUGCUGCCUUGAAAGGAAACGUACAUGCGAUGGAAAGGUUGCUCUCCAAAAAGCCGGAGCUUGUGGACUCGAAGAAAGGAGAUGGCUACACCUCUUUGCAUCUGGCGGCAGUCAACAAUCACUACAGCCUCGCGAAGCUCUUGCUGACGAAGGGCCGCUGCACGGUUGACAUCAAGAACAGCCUACAACAAACAGCCCUCCUCCUAGCUGUUCACCAAGGCCACUGCGAAUUAACCGAACUGCUCGUUGAAGCUGGCGCAGACAUCAACCAACCAGACAACGAUGGUGACACUCCCAUGCACAUGAGCUUGAUGAAACGAACAAAUGUCAAGGUCGCUGCCGUCAGUUCUUCCAAAGCACCAAUCAUAAGAAGGAUCGUGAAUGAUCUUCCAAGCUCGGAGAGCAACCUGGCGUUGGCCUGCUUUCUGGCCAGCAGGGGUGGCGACCUCCACAAGAAGAACAAGAAAGGACUGACGCCCCUGGCAAUAGCCGGCGACCUUAAAUCUGUGGAGCGGCUCCUAAAAUGGAAGACGGCGACAAGUGUACACGCUACGUCGAGCCCAGAGCGAUCGAGUGGCGGAGCGACAGCAGGUGGUACUUCGGAAGAUGGCAAGUGCAAAGUGUGCCUAGACGCUCCUGCAAGUGUGUGGUUCGAACCGUGCGGCCAUCGGCUGUACUGCCCGGAUUGCUGCCGGCGCAUGAAGUGCUGUCUCUCCUGCGGUGAACGCAUCACGGGGAAGGUCUCGGAUGGUGAAAAACCUGCAGACAGCGAGGCCCAGCGGGAGCUAGAGGCCAAGCUGAGGAGGCUGGAGGAAGCCCACACUUGCAUUAUCUGCAUGGAACGAGAGCGAAACGUGGCCUUCAUGUGCGGCCACGCCGCUUGUGACAGAUGCGCUGCCAAUCUCAGCGUCUGUCACAUGUGCCGAAUCCCCAUCGACAAGAAGAUUACCCUGUUUUAGCAAAAAAAAAAAAAGAAGCAAAACCAAACACCAUCACAAAUGUGCUCUGCUCUUUUGAUGUCUUGAUAACGGGCAUUAGACAGUAGGCGAACUCUCCUCAUUAGAUUGUUGUGGAGACUGCCAUAAUUUCUUUCUGAAUAUAGAGGCUCGGAGUGCAACUGCCAUUGUAAGUGUUCAUCGUGUUCAUUCCAACCUUCACAUCGCGUCGAUGUAAUCGACAGCUAUAAUUAUUUCUCGAUGCCUUUUGAUCUCUCGUAAUACGGCAUCGUUUUUUACGAUGUAACAUUGAUAUUUCGGGCACAUGCUAGUCGAAUGCCCAUUUUUCUGCAGUGUGCAUUUUGGUCGAACUUGGCUGACCACGAAUGAUACUGGACCCGCUUUGUUACGUUAAACGUGCUCUCUUUGUAUCUCUGCAACGGUUUUGCAAGGGUUGAAUAUUCUUCUUGUUGACGCCAUUUGUAUCACUCAUCUGUUUGAGCCUGUUACCCAGUCUUCUUCUAUAUUCGAUGUUUUCUCCGUUUGUUUUUGAUUAUAAACUUCAAUUCAACGGGCAGGUUACGUCAUUGUUAACCUAGAGUUCUUUUUGCUGCUGCAUUGUAACUCUGAAAAGCAAAUGCAUGAUAUGUAUGUUUGUUUGAUAUUAAAUAAAUAUUUUUUGUUAGCUGCUAUAUUAUCUACGUGAC